GCACUAGGAGCCGGGGGCGGGUCCGUGACCCUCCGGCUGCUCGGAGCGAACAGGCGGCCAGGAAAGAAGCGGGCCUGAACACCAUGAUCCCUUUGGAGAAGCCAGGCAGCGGCGGCUCCUCCCCAGGCGCCACCUCAGGCUCGGGCCGGGCAGGCCGGGGUCUGAGCGGGCCGUGCGGGCCGUGCCGGCUGCCGCCGCCGCCCCAGGCCCGCGGGCUGCUGACAGAGAUACGCGCCGUGGUGCGCACCGAGCCCUUCCAGGACGGCUACAGCCUGUGCCCGGGCCGGGAGCUGGGCAGGGGGAAAUUUGCAGUGGUGAGAAAAUGUAUAAAGAAAGAUUCUGGGAAAGAAUUUGCUGCAAAGUUCAUGAGAAAAAGAAGAAAAGGCCAAGAUUGUCGGAUGGAAAUAAUUCAUGAGAUUGCUGUACUUGAACUAGCACAAGACAAUCCUUGGGUCAUUAAUUUACAUGAAGUUUAUGAGACUGCAUCAGAAAUGAUCUUAGUUCUGGAAUAUGCUGCUGGGGGUGAAAUCUUUGACCAGUGUGUUGCAGACAGAGAAGAAGCCUUUAAAGAAAAAGAUGUUCAAAGACUUAUGCGACAGAUUUUAGAAGGUGUUCACUUUUUACACACUCAUGAUGUAGUUCAUCUUGAUUUGAAGCCUCAGAAUAUUCUGUUGACAAGUGAAUCUCCAUUGGGUGACAUUAAGAUUGUUGAUUUUGGCCUUUCAAGAAUAUUGAAGAACAGUGAAGAGCUCCGAGAAAUUAUGGGUACCCCUGAAUAUGUGGCUCCUGAAAUUCUUAGUUAUGAUCCUAUAAGCAUGGCAACAGAUAUGUGGAGCAUUGGAGUGUUAACAUAUGUCAUGCUUACAGGAAUAUCACCUUUCUUAGGCAAUGAUAAACAAGAAACAUUCUUAAACAUCUCACAGAUGAAUUUAAGUUAUUCUGAGGAAGAAUUUGAUGUUUUGUCUGAGUCGGCUGUUGAUUUCAUCAGGACACUUUUAGUUAAGAAACCUGAAGAUCGAGCCACUGCUGAAGAAUGUCUAAAGCACCCCUGGUUGACACAGAGCAGUAUUCAAGAGCCUUCUUUCAGGAUGGAAAAGGCACUAGAAGAAGCAAAUGCCCUCCAAGAAGGUCAUUCUGUGCCUGAAAUUAAUUCAGAUACCGACAAAUCAGAAACCGAGGAAUCCAUUGUAACCGAAGAGUUAAUUGUAGUUACUUCAUAUACUCUAGGACAAUGCAGACAGUCUGAAAAAGAGAAAAUGGAGCAAAAGGCCAUUUCCAAACGAUUUAAAUUUGAGGAACCUUUGCUACAAGAAAUUCCAGGAGAAUUUAUCUACUGAGCAGUAUUUCCCUUUAGAACUUCAAGAUUUCUACAUUGAAAAUGUUAAUAUUAUUUAUGGACCUCUGGCCAAAUGGUACAUGUACUGGAAGUGGAUAACCAGUAUCACUUACACAAACAAAUUAACUUUGUCAAAUUUGUAGAGUUAGGUGGAAGCCAGAUUUUAAAAGUUGCCAACCAGGAGAUUUAACAGGUACAGUUACCCGUUUCAAUGUUAUUUUUAAGAAGGGAGAUGUUGGCACCUUUGAAUUCUACAUCCUAUUUCUCCAGAAUGAGAAUUUGUGUACAAAGAUAUUUGUAUUCACUUUCUUUAAAAAAUCCAAGUAAAAGUGCCAAAACUACAAAAA